AAAUAAUGCAUCCUUUAUUGGCAGUAAAAUAAUUGCAUUGAAGAGGUUCGUUCGACAAUCGACAUGAAAUUGGCUUGAAAACGGAUUAGGUAUAAUCAUCUUUAAUAAUAUUCUUGUAAUUAUAUUUUGCUUUCAAAGAGAACUUUCUCUAUAUACGACGAUGCGUGUGAGGAAACUUUGACCUACUCUUGACAUGACAUGACGUGAAGGCACGCUCCAGGCUGGAAAGCAUUUCUUAUGUUGAACACGGAAGGUAGGGUAGCACUCUUCACCCAUCAACAUGAUGCAAAUUCACAAACAGAAUCGCUGAGGAUAUAUCUCACAAGAAAUGCCCGCCACCUUAAACUUUCGCUUAUUGUGUACUUACUGCCAUGGUUGCUUAUUUUGCACAAGACUGGCCUAACGUUUGCUCAGACAACUUUAUCAGAGAAAUCCAAUCUCACUCACAAUGCAUGCACCGAAAGUAAUAGUUCCAGCGAUUUCAAGAUAAAUUUGACGUUUUCAAGCACAUUCUUCAAGAUCGAUGCAAGAAUUUGCGAGGAUGUAAAUUGGACGGAAGUUUUGCGUUUGGAUAAUCAUACUGCAGUAGAAUUUGAAAUUGGCUGCGAAGAUUUUUUAAUCGCUGUAGCGAAACUAAAAGCAGUAUCUUAUUUGGCAGAAAUAUGGGCGUCAGUUCUUGGUCGUUUUGACUGCAAGCUGCCCUACUCUAUGGACAGAAACUGUACAAAUUGUCUGGUGUCUUACAAAAGAUGGCUGUGCAUGGUGACAUUUUACGAUGGUAGCCUGAAGCCUUGCCUUGAAAUCUGCAAUGACGUGUACAGAAGCUGUCCAAGUUUUGAGCCUGAAGAUAGCUACAGAGGUUAUUCUGUUUUUGAGUGCCCCAGAGAAGGUGAUAAGUACAGUUCAUAUGGCCCAAAGACAAAUUGCAAAUCAGCACCUUCACUCGCAAAGCAAAAGAAAUAAAGAUUUUCCUCGUGGUUUUUGGUACUUUCUUCCAAAUUUAGCGCACCUUUGUAUUGGAUAGUGCCAUUUUUACGUGUCCAAUGUAUCGAACGACAAUGGCGAGAAGUAUGGAUUUAUUGUUGCCUUCAAACAGGUUCCAGAUGAUUCCUUCAACGAUUGAAGUUUUUGUUUCUAACUUAUAAGUUCUCUGCAAUAUUUUAUAGAAGCAGAGCUCGGGUUUCCGUCUAAUAUCAAUGUAAUUUUGAUAACAAGAUUCCCUACUAACCACUGCUAUGUUUUUAUUGGUUUCCUUCGAAACGAGCGAGAAUAUAUUAAAUCGUCACAUUACUUUUAGGAGUCACAAUUUUAUCCUUAUCCAAAACGAGUGAUAACUUAUCUACUUCUCAUAUAAAUUGUAAGCUUGAAUUUGUUAAAUAAUUGCAUUUGCUAGUUCAUACGAUUUUUAAAAUUUUCACUGCACAAUUAAGUUAUGAAUUUGUUUGUACUGGUUGAAAAUAUCUCUUAGAAGUCUAAAUUUACCUUCAAAAUGUAAAGCGUUUUGUAAAUGUAUUCUAAUUCAGUUAGACACAGUGUUAUUAAAGAGCACUUAUCCCUACCCAAUGUUUCAUGAAAAGUUGCCCUCUGAAAAUAGUCGGACAUUUUAAUAGUGUUCUUGUUGCUUGUCAGCUCAACUUCUAAGACUUCUUAAAAUUUCCAUCCAAAUGACAUUGUGCACCAAGCUCUUACCCUUUCUCCGUUUAGAUCAUGUUUCUUACUACCGAUUUUUUACUCCUCCUUUAAUCUAUUCCUCUCUAUCUCUUCUAUCUAAAAACACCACCUAGCCCACUGCAUAUUUACAUAUUUACCAAAUAAUAUCAGUAAUUCUAAUGUAUUUAUUGUUCUAUACUAUGAUGAUUCUAUGAUGAUUUGAUGUUGUUAUUUCGCGA